AUGAAUCAAGCGAGCAGAGGGGGAAAGAGAAACAACAACAAUUCAUUUAACAAUGGUGCAAGGAGACAGAGCUGGAGAACCCAUAAUAAGAGCGCAGAUAAGUUACAAGGAGCGAUAGGCAAGCAAGUCGUCAUCUCCACGCGUCAAAACGAGAAACUCAGAGGGACACUCAUUUCAGCCAAUCAUGAGAUUACACUUAAGCAGGACACCAAACACACAAAAGUACAGCUCAAAGACUUGGUCGACUUGGAGCAAAUAAAGGCUGAUUCCUUCAAAGUCGAUACAGAUAUCUCUAAAGCUAAGCACACCAACGAACGCGAGCUAAAGCCUUGGACGCCAGACGUCUUACCGGAUGAUCCUGCUAUCAUUUCAUCCUCACAAGACGCUUCUGCGUCGUUGAGCUGGGCGGAUGAUUAUCCAAGUAAUGAGUCUGUGGAGACACAAGAUAAUCAUCAAGGUGGCGCCUGGGAUCAAUUCAAGGCAAACGAACAGAUGUUUGGAUUACAAACAAACUACAAUGAGGAAAUGUACACUACAAAGCUCGAUAGGUCGGGAAAUGACUACAAAGAACGCGAGAAGAAGGCUGAUAAACUGGCAAAAGAAAUUCUUAACCAGCAAUCUUCAAACGCUCACGUUAAUGAAGAAAGAGGUCAGUCUGUGGCUUUAACCGAGGAAGAAAAGUAUUCUGGCGUCACAAGAGGUCCAAAUGCAUAUGUUCCUCCACAAGCACGUAGAGCUUCACAGAAGGUGCAACAACAGCAGUCAUUGCAGCAACCAGAAGAGCAGCCAUUGCAACAACCAGUGCAACAACCAGUGCAACAGCCAGAGCAGCCAUUGCAGCAAAAAGAACAACAACCCAGUCAACCAGAGCAACAACAACAGCCUCAGCCACCCACCGCUCCAAAAUCCCAAGUUCAAAUGCAAUUACCUCAUGAGAAAGUGCCCACAAAACCUUCGGACCCUUCUCUUAUUGGUGACUUUAGAGCUUUUGUCUCAAAUGAAAAAGAGCGCUUACAACAAAAGAAGCAAGCACUCGUAAACCAAGAAAAGUCAUCUACAGUUGCUGAUUUGAUCAAGUUUGGUCAGUCUUUCAAGCUCAAGACUGAUAUGCCAGAAGAUAUCGCAGGUAUCGUUGCAAAGAAUGAGAGAAAGGAGAAGGAGAAGGAAUCUGAUAAAUCAAUCUCUGACACCUCAACCAAGUCAAAUGCAAAGCCGGACGACUUCAAACAAUCCAAGUCACCUUCUUUGAAGCAGUACAUGAACAUACCCAAGAUUCCGCCUUUCAACCCUGAGCGCGUAAAGGCUGUCAGAGCUGAGCGCAAUCGUCAUGUCUCACAACCGGCUACCAAUCAAUCUCCAGGUUCACCUCCUGUCGAUCGCCGUUCAGUUGUUUCACCUGCCUUAUCACAAGCUAGCACAUCAACUGCAGGUGGAUCAAAAUCUUUGAAUCCAAAAGCCUUCUCAUUCAAACCUAAUCCAAAUGCCAUGUCUUUUACACCAGGUGGAUCAUCUAACAACCUAUCACCAAAACCACCAUCACAAUCAACUUCUCAAGUUACUAGUACUAGCGCUCCGACGCCUAUUAAAAAUCCAUUUUUUGGUACAAAGCCAAUUAAACGUGGCUUGUCUGGGCUGCACGUAAAGGAAGAUUUCAAUCCAUUCAAGAAUCAAACAGUAAUGGAAGCACAACAGAUUGGACCACACUGGCAAUUCAGUGGAAAGUCAUAUAAAUCGAGGUUUCCAAGUAAUCAGUACUAUGGAAACAAUGAUUAUGGUUCACCUGAUGAAGCUGUUGCAGCUCAGAAUAUGGUGAUUGCACAAGCACAAGCCGCAGCACAAGCACAAGCACAAGCGGCAAUGAGUCAAGGGCAGCCGUACUACUAUAGAAUUCCAUUUGGCGGACAGUCACCAAUGCCAAAUGGAGGAGGACCAAUGGGAGCACCAGGAGCACCUGGGGCACCACCAGGGCCAGGCCCAGGACCAUAUGGAAUGGUACCACAAUUCAUAGCUGGACCACCCUCAGGACAAGCGAUCGGAUUUGGACCACAAAUGCAACCAGGUCAAGGACCACCACCUGCGCAAAUGUUCCAAGCUGCGAUGGCGGCAGGAUUGCAAGCACCCAGACAAGCAUAUAUGCCACAAUUUUCACCUAAUAUGCAAAACAGGCCGCCAAUGGGAGGGCCACCACCUGGACACCCACAACAUCAAUCAACAACACCAACACCACAGCAAUCACAGCAAUCACAACCAAGCCAAGGAGGAGGAACAGUUUUUGCAGCAUACCCAUCACCUUCACCUCAGAUGACACCACUGGUACCUUACCCAGCGCCACAGAUGACACACAUACGAGCAGUGGGAGUUGGCUCACCGGGUCCACCGAGCACAAACUCACCGUCGACAUAUUCACCAGCGCCAGAAGUAUAA